CCUGGGAAAACUUGCACAAGGCGCAAUCUUCUCGCCAUAUAACCAACCACCUUAGAUCUCAGACCUACCAACCUCCUCGCACUCCCGCUACUCUCCCUCUAAGACCGCAACAAUGCUCGCCGGCUCAGCGCCAGGCGGCACAACCGCCAAAGAGCUCACAGACCACGACGUCAACACCCUCCUUACCGCUCUCCGUGCCAACAACGGCACCCACGGCCCCUUCAAACUCAGCCCCACCAUCGACGCCAAGACUGCCACCGACGCCGCCAUCUUCUCCGCCGUCGAACACAGCGUAAAGACAGGGAUACCGCUAAUCAUAGAAAACUCGCUGGACGGGUGGAAACGUCUACGCGGCGACGCGGAUAAGGAGGAGAAAGACGGCGCCGCCGGGGUUCCGGAUGAGCAGCUGUUCAGCCUGGGGUGGUUGAAAAACCAACAUGGACCGGAACACGUGCUGUUGAGGAACGUGCAUACGAACGAAGAUGUGGAUUCGACCGUUGAGGGAUAUGUCGAUUUCCUGAAAGAUGGGCAGCCGACCGAGAAGAGCGUGGAGAACGGUGCAGAUUCUAUGGAUGUGGUGCACCGCAAGACGGGGGAUGGUGGGCAGGGGGUUCUGUAUGGCAAGGAUAUCACGUGUCCGCCGGAGUGGACGCAGCGGACGAUGGCGAGGAUACCGGGGUUCUUGCGGUACAAGGGGGAGAAUGACCUUGUGCGAUUGCUUCCGGAGAGGCUGCAGAGUGAGAACUUGAUGAUCUAUGUUGGAAAUGAGGGAACGUUGACCCCUGGUCAUACGGACCUGUGUGGAUCUGUAGGCCAUAAUGUCAUGGUACACGCCGACGAAAACGCCCGCGCCAUCUGGUUCAUCGUCAAAUCCUCCGACCUUGCUCGCGUCUCCGCCUUCUGGCAAGAACAAUCCCACUCCCUCUAUCAAGACAACUACUUUGCCCCCAUCUCCAUCCUCUCCAAAGCCCCUUUCGACAUCUACGUCAUCGAACAAAAACUCAACGACUUUAUCAUCGUACCCCCCGAAUCAGCACACCAGGUCUACAACAAAGGCGGCGUCAACAUCAAAGUCUCCUGGAACCGCCUGACAGUCGACUCCCUCUCCCGCUGCAUUGACCACGUCUUGGAAGAGUACCGUACGCACAUGCGACCAGAGACGUACCGCAUUAAAACAUUGUUGAACGAAACAGUGCUCCACUUCAUUGACCGCGCAGCGCUCAUCGACGACCCGACGGUGUUCCCCACCGCUGAAGAGAAACAGCGGUUUGUGGAUGACUUUCAUACAGCGGUGGAGGCGUUUGCGAUUAUGCUGAGCGACGAGUGGGUGGAGUCGGACGACGUGGACCCGCCGACGAUUGGGAUGCCCACACCCUGGCCGGAUGUGGAUAGGCCCCAUGAGAGGGUGUGUGAUUUUUGUCGAGCGGAUAUUUGGAAUCGAGGGUUUCAUUGUAGGAAGUGUGCGGCGAGGGGUCAUAGUCAUGCGGCGGCGACGGCAGGUGUCACUCAGUCCAAUGGCGUUGCAGCCGAGACACUAACAAACGUCACGCAGGCGAACGGCACUGUUGGGUUGGCCAAUGAGACUGUGGUUGAGACUCCCGUGGCUAGUCAGCCCGAUGGCGAUGUGAAACAGGCUUCGUCGGCGGUGUUCGAAUCUAGCAACGGGGUUACCGAUACUGUUGAGAAAACUGAAAAUGGCCUCCUUCACCCGUCGACUCCCGCGAUUAUCAGCAAUGGCGUGGUUAAUGGCGCUGAUGCGGCUAUUGUUGCGACAGAGGCUGCAGCGCAGCUGUCAGCUCCCUUGGUCAGCAAUGGCGAGGUCAACGGUGCAGAAUCAGCUGUCCCCGUCACGGACUCUUCAUCUCAUGUGCCAGCCGAUGGGCCUGCGAACGGCAUUCAAGUCGUAUUUAGACAAGCGCCAGCCGAUAAGCAGGCAAAUUCAAUCCAAGUCGUAACCACCCAAGCGCCAGCCGCCGACAUCAAACCAGCCGAACUUGUCAAGACCCCAGCAUCCAUCGAACCCACAUCAAUCCCCGCCCCAAUCAUCUCAACACUCAAUCCCCCGUCCGCCGCACCCGACUCAACGACACCCACCCUCCCCUCCUCCACCGGCGAAGACGACUUCGACGUAUGCCUCGACUGCUACUCCCAAGGCCGCAGCUGCCGCCACGAGCGCGACAUGGAGUUCCACGAGUACAUCCCCAUGGGCGUCCUCAGCGCGCAGAUCAGAAAAGCUGUCAAGACUUAUAACGAUCUCCUGUCGAGGAAGGGGUUGAAGGGGCCUGGGUUGACGAAUGAGUUUUUGCAUGGGUUAUUUGAUGGACAUACACCAGUUGUUCCGACUGCUAGUGUUGCGCAUCAGUUGUUUGUUGCGCGGACCAAGAAAGUCAGCCUGUUGUCCAAAUGCUGUCAUGCGUGCCGGUCGUCUACUGCGCCUGCUUGGUCAUUUGUGUCGGAUGCAUGUGGAACGCCGUAUUGCGCAAGAUGUUUGUGGAAUAGGUUUGGGGAGAGGCUUUCGGAUGUUAAGAAGAAUCGUGAUUGGAAGUGUCCCAAAUGUCGAGAGGAAUGCAACUGCCUCAACUGCGUGCGCCGCUUUUACUCCAACAAACCCGUCCCCUUCCCCAUUCCCAAAGGCGAAAUCGUCUUCCUCGUCGAACAAUCCCACUACGUUGAAGACCGGCAUGGGAACGUCCUCGCUUCCGAUCGGCAGUUUCCGACGGGACCGCUGUUCAAGGAUGCGCGGUUUAAGGUUGAGCCUAUGCCUGAUGCCUUCCGCCGCGAAGUCUACGGCCGCCACCGAGGAAUCAAACGCGCGCUAGACGACGAUCUCGCGCACAACACGCCAGCUCCCAAAAAGAGCAAAAAAGCCGCGCCGCGCCCACGAUACGACGACGACGCGAUGCUCAUCGACUCGAUCCUCCCCAACGGCGAAAGGCGGGCGAGCGCGAGAAAAGUCACAAAAACCAAAUUGUUUGAGCCGGAAGUAGGGUUGGGAUGGGGUGAAGAGAAGCCGAGAAAACCGAGUCGCCGGGUUUCGCUUACGACGCCUAAACCGGAACACCGCCACCAGCAAUCGGAUUCGGAAUUUUAUGAUGAUGAUGAAGAGUAUAUGGAUGAUGGAACUUACGGCAGCCACAGCAGCGCGCCGUCCUCCUCGAAGAAUGUGAAAAGAAGCAGCAGCGGUAGUCAUCAUAAACGCAUCCCGAUCGGAAGCAGCAGCGGAAACGCACGGCCCAAUGCCGCGGGACUCGCUAAACUCGUAUCCCCGUCGUCUGGUCAUGCGCAGAACGGCGGGCGGAAGAAAGUGGUGAUUCCACCGUCUUCACUCAGCUACUCCGCAAAGGACCCGGACGAUCGUCGCAUGUCCUCUUCAUCCGCGGCCUCCCAAUCUGCACCGCGCCGUCCCUCAACCACCACCAACAACGCCAGUACGUUCACACCCCUCCCCGCCUCCACCAGCACCACAACCUCCUCCCUCUCAACCCGCAGCAAACACAAAGCACCCCGUUUGAAACUCACCACAGAAGACGGCACGCAACGUUCAUGCCGUGAUCUGCUGGCGAAGAUGGACGUCGACCACGCGUUCUUGAAGGAGUUUUUUGUGGAGUGUAUGGGGGUUUGUCAGGAACGUGGGGGUGGGCUUUGGGCGGGUGUGCAUGCUGAGGAGGUCUAUAAGGGGAUGUUGGGGAGGUUUGCUGACUGAGUACAAAGAGGAGGCGAGCGGAUUGGAGCGAGAUGAGAGCUUAGCGAGACGAGAUCGGCGAAAGGGAGAGACGGAGAGUGCUGGUAUGCGUGGGCAAGGGGAAACAGCAGGAAGUGUUGGGGGUUGUCAUAUUCUCGUCCCCCCUUCUCUCGCCGCAGAAAUAGGUUGCUAGUUUGUAGGUCCUAUUGCGGCUUCACGAUUUGGGGAGAAAAAUCCCCCUGGGUUGGCAUAUCUUGGUAGGCAAACUGUCUGCGCAUAUAGCUGGGUCAUGUACUGUGCAUAAGAUCCAUACACUGGGUUUGCCAGACUUGGGUGGUGUUGAGGGGGUGGUCUGUUUCGCAGUGGCUGUCUGAUUGCUUCGCUGUGAACUGCAGGUGAACAACGAGGAAGUGAAAAAACGCGUAAGGAACGCGAAACUGACGC